AUGCAGAAGAUGAUCUAUGAGUUGGAAGAGCAACUACAUAAUGAAAUGCAGUUGAAAGAUGAAAUGGAGCAAAAAUGCAGAUCCUCAAACAUAAAGCUAGACAAGAUCAUGAAGGAACUGGAUGAAGAGGGAAAUCAAAGAAAGAACUUGGAAUCAGCAGUGUCUCAGAUUGAGAAGGAAAAGAUGGUAUUGCAACACAAAAUAAAUGACUACCAAAGAAAAAUUGAACAAGAGAAUGAAAAAAGACGAAACAUGGAAAAUGAAGUGUCCACGCUAAAAGAUCAGAUGGAGGACUUGAAAAAAACCAACCAGCAUUCACAAAUUUCAACUGAGAAGAUGACACUAUUACAAAAACAACUAGAAGAAGCAAAUGAUUUGUGGAGGACAGAAUCGGAUACAGCAGCGAGACUGAGAAAGGCUAACACAGAAAUGAGCAAGUCACUAAGUCAGGUAGAAUCACUGAACAGAGAACUCCAGGAAAGGUGCAGAGUUCUAGAAAGCACAAAACUGCAGGUGGAGAAAGAUUAUUACCAACUUCAAGCAGCUUUGGAGUCAGAACGAAGGGACAGAAGUCAUGGAUCUGAAAUGAUUGGUGAACUACAGGUUCGGAUUACAACUUUACAAGAAGAAGUAAAAAACAUCAAAAACAAUCUUGAAAGAGUGGAAGCAGAAAGAAAGCAAGCACAGGAUAUGCUUAAUCAUUCAGAAAAGGAAAAGAAUAAUUUAGAGAUAGAUUUGAACUACAAACUCAAAUCAUUACAAGACCGGUUAGAACAGGAAGUAAAUGAACACAAAGUGACUAAAGCUCGGUUAACUGACAAACAUCAGUCAAUAGAGGAGGUAAAGAAUCUAACACUUCAGCUAGAACAAGAGACGAAUAAGCGAAUAAUGGCACAGAAUGAAUUAAAGGCACAAGCCUUUGAAGCAGAUAACUUGAAGGGUUCUGAGAAGCAGCUGAAACAGGAAAUCAAUACGUUGUUGGAAGCAAAAAGAUUACUGGAAUUUGAGUUGGCUCAACUUGCUAAACAGUACAGAGGAAAUGAAGGUCAAAUGCGUGAGCUUCAGGAUCAGUUGGAAGCUGAGCAGUAUUUUUCGAGAGUUCAAAACUUCCAUACUUACUGGAAUAUAUUCCAUGCUAUUGAUCUACGAGAAACGCUCACUACCCAGUUGGAUUUAGCUGAAACAAAAGCUGAAUCAGAACGGUUAGCACGAGCACUCCUUGAAGAACAGUAUUUUGAACUGAGCCAGGAAAGCAAAAAAGCAGCAUCAAGACACAGGCAAGAAAUGACUGACAAGGACAGCAUCAUAAGAAGGGCUGUCAACAAACUGGCUGAGAUAAUGAACCGGAAGGAUUUUAAAAUAGACAGAAAGAAAGCGAACAUGCAAGAUUUGAGGAAGAAAGAGAAGGAAAACCGAAAGCUUCAGUUAGAACUUAAUCAAGAAAAAGAGAAGUUCAAUCAGAUGGUAGUGAAAUACCAAAAGGAGGUCAAUGAAAUGCAAGCGCAACUAGCAGAAGAAUCUACAUACAGGAAUGAGCUCCAGAUGCAGCUGGAUAGUAAAGAGAGUGACAUAGAACAACUACGAAGGAAAAUUUUGGACCUCCAGCAAGGGAUGGAUUCUACCAGUGUUGCUAGUCUCCAGGCAGAUGAAAUGGACGGAAAUCUUUCAGAAUCAAGACUUGAAGGUUGGCUUUCAAUACCCAACAAAGGAAAUAUAAAGCGGCAUGGCUGGAAGAAACAGUAUGUUGUGGUGAGCAGUAAAAAGAUACUGUUCUACAAUGAUGAAAAGGACAAGGACCAGUCUAAUCCAUCCAUGGUACUAGAUAUAGAUAAGCUGUUCCAUGUCCGGCCUGUAACUCAAGGAGAUGUAUAUAGAGCUGAAACUGAAGAAAUUCCUAAAAUAUUCCAGAUUCUCUAUGCUAAUGAGGGGGAAUGCAGGAAGGAGUUGGAGGUAGAACCAGUACAGCCGGCAGAGAAGACAAAUUUUCUGAAUCACAAAGGCCAUGAAUUUAUUCCAACGUUAUACCACUUCCCAGCCAACUGUGAGGCCUGUGCCAAACCCCUUUGGCAUGUCUUUAAACCCCCUGCUGCCCUAGAAUGUCGAAGAUGCCACGUGAAGUGCCACAGAGACCACUUGGAUAAAAAAGAGGAAUUAAUUGCACCAUGCAAAGUGAGUUAUGAUGUAACUUCAGCAAGAGACUUGCUGUUACUGGCAUCCUGUCAAGAUGAACAGAAGAAGUGGGUGACUCAUUUAGUAAAGAAGAUCCCUAAGACGCCACCAUCUACUUUUGUUCGUGCUUCUCCUAGAACUAUGUCUACAAGAUCCUCAGCAAAUCAGUCAUUCCGAAAAGUUGUUAAAAAUACUUCUGGAAAAAAUAGUAUAGCAGAACUUGAUCUUGGUGAUGGAGUCCUACCAUGUAAGCAGGCAUUAACUGGUUUGUCGAAUGGAUACGGACUUUGA